AUCUAGGUUAGAAAAUAACCUGACAACGAAUCAUUAUCUUUAAAAUGAGGAUUAUAAAUUCAAAAAUCAUAGGGCAGCAGAGGCAUAACAGAUUAAAUCAUUUUCCAUUGAUAACUCAGAAGGAAAACAUGUCUGAUUUUACCAAAAGUAGUGACUCGAGCUACUGUGUUGUGACUGGAACUGGACUUCAGAAAAGAGAAGAACAUGUAAAGGAAAUAUCAGCACUGAAGAACGUUAUAAGCGAGAAAAAAGGUCAGCUGGAAAAGGUGUAUGUAGAAUGGGAACGCAAAUACGACGCCCAGAAGAGCGAGGGAGAAAGACUUAAAAUUCUCUACGCAGAUGCGAUGGUUAAGCAACGAGAAGGUUACGAAACUAAGCUUGUCCUCGACAAAACGAAAGAAGAACUUAAUUUGGCAAAAUCUGAAAUAAACGAACAGAAAAUAGAGCUAUGGCAGAACAGUAACGAGAUAAUGAAACUGCAGUCUCGGAUUGAAAGUCUGGAAAAAGAACUGAGGAAUGUCAACGAGACGUAUCCGGAAGGUCUCCGUGAUGAAAUGAUGUCGUCGGUGACCGAGCACAAAGUGGAAGUUUCAGGUCUUCAAGAGAAAAUUGUUCUGCUUACUGAUCUUUUAAAUAAGAGGAACGUUGAAAUUGAAACAAUGUCUGAAAUGUCAUCAAAAUUGAGCAACUUAAAUGCAAAUGUCGAUGUAGUUAAGGAUGAAGUAGUUGGUAUGAACGUUAAUAUUACAGAGGGACAUAGUGAACUGCAUGCUAAAAUAGAGAAAGGGCAUCACGAAAUGGUCGAAGAGCAGCGGCAACUGAGAAGUACUGUUGCAAAAAUGGCUGAAGCACACCACGAAUCAACGUUUGAAAUGAGGGAAAUGAAGGCCCAGCAGGCUGAAAUAUGGAACAUGAUGAAUAAGAUGUGUGAAACAAUGACUGGACAAAGGCAUGAGCCUCAAGGAUUCAGUGAGCCAAAAAUACGCGGUGCGAAUUCAAAGAAGAAGUAAAAGCAAUACGUUGCAAAAAUCAGCUUAACAGCUAAAACAGAGAAAAAAUAAUACUUUAAAUACAACAAUAACAAAAUGUAGUGUUUUAAUAGUUGCGCACUCUUAUAUAGUAAUGUGUUUAGGCUUGUAUAUCUAUUAUCAAAAUACUGUCAUUUAUAGGUUUCUCUUUUAAGCUAGUAUUUUCCCACGUUAUUCAUUUCAUUUUUUACCUUUAUUUUAAGAACACUUUAACUCUAGCUUCUCCUAUUUAUUUAUUUUUUUGGUAUUUGUUGGUUCAUUGAUAAAUUGAGUACAUAAAAAUUUAGAGGUGCGACUCUGUUGACUAAAAUUAAA